AGCUCGCGUCCCCGCGCGCCGAGCUCCCCGCGUCCGUCGGGCCCCUCACGGGGCUGUACCCGGCCCCAGGGCCCCCGGCGCGGCCUGUGGAGGGGAUGCCGGCAGGCUCGGGCCGCACCUCCGCGGGCCCCGCGCGCCAGGAGCCAUCCUCCAUCUGUGAACAUGAGGAAUGAGGCCCUAGUGAAGAGAUGAAGUGGUAAAGCCAGGAUGAAGCUGCUACCAGGAGUUGGAGUCUUUGGAACUGGCAGCUCUGCGCGGGUUCUGGUCCCGUUGCUGAGAGCGGAAGGCUUCACCAUUGAGGCUCUAUGGGGCAAGACUGAAGAGGAGGCGAAACAACUUGCUGAAGAGAUGAGCAUUUCCUUCUACACCAGCCGGACAGAUGAUGUCUUGCUACACCAGGACGUGGAUCUGGUUUGCAUCAACAUCCCCCCUCCACUCACUCGGCAAAUAGCUGUGAAAGCUCUAGGUAUUGGGAAGAAUGUGAUCUGUGAGAAAGCAGCAAGCUCAGUAGAUGCCUUCAGGAUGGUGACAGCUGCUCGCUACUACCCCAAGCUCAUGAGCCUUGUGGGGAAUGUCCUUCGAUUCCUGCCUGCCUUUAUCCGGAUGAAGCAGCUGAUUGAAGAGCAUUACAUCGGCAAUGUGAUGAUCUGUGACGUGCGUGUGUACUGGGGCAGCCUUCUGAGCCACAAGUACAACUGGAUCUGCGAUGAGCACAUGGGGGGCGGCGGUCUACACACAAUGGGCACCUAUAUUGUUGACCUCUUGACCCACCUAACCGGGAGGAAGGCUGAGAAGGUCCACGGUUUUCUGAAGACAUUUGUGAAACAGAACGCUGAGAUCAGUGGAAUCCGGCACGUCACCAGUGACGACUUCUGCUUUUUCCAGAUGCUUAUGAAUGGGGGUGUUUGCAGCACAGUGACUCUUAACUUCAAUAUGCCGGGCUCCUUUGUGCACGAAGUCAUGAUUGUGGGGUCAGCGGGCCGCCUCAUAGCCCGCGGAUCUGACCUCUAUGGACAGAAGGGCACCGAGCUCCAGGAGGAGCAGCUGUUGACAGACUCUUUGACAGUCAAUGCGGGACUUCUAGAAAAGGGGUUUCAAGAUAUUCCCUUGCUGUACCUUAAAGGCAUGGUCUACAUGGCGCAGGCUUUGCGCCAGUCAUUUCAGGAACAAGACGACCAUCGUACCUGGGAUUAUAAGCCAGUCUCCAUGGCUGCCUCCUUUGAGGACGGGCUUUACAUGCAGAGUGUGGUUGAUGCCAUAAAGAAAUCCAGCAGGUCUGGGGAGUGGGAGACAGUGGAAGUCAUGACUGAGGAGCCAGAUGCCAACCAGAACCUCUGUGAGGCCCUGCAAAGAAAUAACAUAUGAGCCGGCUGCUGGCCAUGUGGGAUGAUGGUAUAGGGUAGGGGAUAUCCUGGGCCCCAGCCUUCUUUGUGUUUGACACGUGGGCUUGUAUUUCAUAAGGCAGGUUAUCCUACGUCUGGGUAAAAAGCCUGAGGUGACCGUGGGGAAAAGGCAGCCUGAUUUCUCCUCAGACUCAUUGGGAGGUUCAGGGUUUCCAUUGCUGUUGCAUCAGAUGGUUAGCAAAACUUGAAUUUCCCUUUGCAUUUCCAGAAAGGGACAGAGCUGUCACCCACGACAUCAUGGGUGUGAGAAGUCAGGGCCUGCUUGUUCACGCCUUUGAAUAGGAUGGGAAAGCUUAUAUUGAGGAGCCAGAUCUGCUGCCCCAGAUGUGGAUAGAACUGCUAACAAGGGUACCUCCAUCAGGGCAUCAGGGCUCACCUCCGGCUUCCCUUCCCUGGCCUCCCUUAUUGUUCACGGAGGGGCAGGAUGCAGUGAAAGAACUCUCCUCUGUUGAGUUAUUUCUAGGCUCGGGUCUUCUAGCUGGAAGAUAAGAUGGAGAGUUUGGGACCACUUUCCCGCCCACUACCCAGAGCCUAAAUGCCGGGAGAGGAAGGGAAGGUCUUUGUUCUUUAUAAGUUAAGCCCUUUUGGAGGUGACUCAACUCUAAAGCAAAUGUUGAUUCCAUCCGUGAAAAUAAAGAGAAGAAAGAGAGGAUUGAAACACCUGAGCAAAUCUGAAUUAAAUGAAUCAGAUCUUAUAUUCCAAAUUGUUUGUGGGGUGGGAGAGGGAACAAACUUUGUGGAAAUUAUAAAGACUGGUUUAAGGAGACUGAAGUUUUCAUUUCCUUGUGGGCUCUCUGCAGGGACUAGUCCUCAGUGAUUUCCAUGAAUCAGGCAUAGAGCUGAUUUUUGGAGAAACUAAUCAUUUGGACAGUUGGUCUGUACACCUAGGCCCCUCUCCCUGUCUCUGACCCACUAGCUUCCAUCCUGGCCUCUUGCCAGCCCCUCCCCACCAUGGGUCCUAUCUCCAGUGUUCCCUGAAGGGCUGGCUGGCUUCUCUCUCAGGGAAAAAAACAAAGCAAACCAUACAGAAACGUAGAUGGUGCUUAUGGCUUCCUGAGACCAUGUGCUGUUUUCAGGAAGACUAGGAGAUGCAGGGCCCCUCAGGAGACCAGGAAAAGUGAUGAUGCUACAGAAAUGCGCAUGCAGCCCCCCUCCCCCCCCCCCGUAAAAGAAGGGGCAUGAGCAGGAGAGGUGGUGUCUGGGAAAGCCCCCAAGGGCUGGGGGCAGGAGAUCUGGCAGCCUCCCAGGACACCCCGCCCCCCCCAACCUGGGGCAGGUUUGGGUGGAAAACGCACUGCAGGGUUUGUCUGUAAUGCACAGGAGACAACUACACUCUUAUUAAACAUGUUUUGUGUA